GGAACGGGUGGGAACUGAGUUCCUGCACUUUUUCAACAGCAGGAACACCGUUCCCAUUAGCAAGAAUCCUGCAGAACCAGCCAUUGAGUGGAAAUCUUGGACAGGAAUUCAAAAUGAAGGUGUCAGUUCUUGGAGCAACUGGACAGACAGGUGCAGCCCUGGUGACCCAAGCCCUGCAGGACGGACAUGAAGUAACAGCUCUUGUAAGAAACAUCAGCAAAAUAACAAUCCAACAUGAGAAACUUAAGGUAGUAGAAGCCAAUAUAUUUUCAGCAGACUCAUUAACUGAACAUUUCAAAGGGCAGGACGCAGUUGUAUCUUGUCUGGGAUUCCAAUAUAAAAUGUUCUCAUCAAUAAGUGGUUACACAGACUCCAUGACUGCCAUAGUAGGGGCCAUGCGACAGACUGGAGUAAACAGGAUGGUGACAAUGACUUCCUGGUACACAGACACUAGCUCAGCACAGAAUGCCUCAUUCUUCGUGAGAAAUCUACUUGUACCGCUUAUAAAAAGUGUCCUCAUAAACAUGCGUGAGAUGGAAAACUAUCUAGAAAAAGAGUGUACUGAUCUUAACUGGACUGUUGUAAGACCACCAGGGCUUCAGAAUACACCAGUGACUGAAAAAGAAAUCUUGACCCAUGAAGGAUAUUUUGUCCCAGAUGAGAAAGGUUACCCAAUAACCAACACAGUAUCACGGGCAGAUGUUUCACGCUUUAUGCUCUCUACGCUCAGUGAUAACAGGUGGACAAGAAAGAUAGUCGCAAUGUGUUGUAAAUAAUUGGAAGGAAUUUCGAGUGGUAAUUGGAAUGUAUUUACUCUCAGUUUAUGUUUUACAACCAAUUGCUUUGGGUCUUUUAUGCAGUUUUGGACACUUGAUUAUGCACUUUUUGACUGCACUCCUGGAAAUACACACUUGGAGUGAUAUUAUCGACAAACUGUUUUAGCAGCGAUUAUAUUACCAUGGAAAUGGUCAUGUUUAUAAUUUUUUAUCUUGUAAAUGACAUGUACAGUAUGUGCUCAUGUGCCCAAUUACAAAUUAUUACAUAACUUUUAUAGUACAGAAAUAAACAUGAAACAAAAAAUUU